AUGCGCCGCACGUACGACGCCACCACGAGGCACGCGACCACGGUGAGCACCGUCAACGCCGUGGGCGGUAACGAGGCGAUGUACGGCAUCACCGUCGCGGUGAACUUGGAGGCGUACCGGAAGAUGGUCUGGGGGACGUUUUCCGCCAUGAUUGGGACUCUUGGCGAGGGCGAGGCGGAUCAUGAUGGCGCUCUUACCAAAGUCGUGCAGUCGGACAACGGGUUUUAG